CAAUCGUAGUCGUGCAUUGCUGUCAAUUACUGCUACUCGCAAUAAAUUUCGUUCAAUUCUAAUUUAAAUUCAAUAGACGUUCCUUCGAAACAACCGCGACCUAUUCGUAACGUUUGAUCUAUUUUCGAAAUUUUUCCAAAUAAAAAUUUCGUAGUCGUAUUGUGUUUAUGUGCUGUUGUCUUUUUUUUGCGCGCACCCGUUAGUCUUGAACAUAUGUUCGCGGUGUAAAUACGUACAUGGGCCGAUGGGAUUUUUGAUUAGUUCUAAUGUGCGAUAAUAGCGCAUCAAAAAAAAUUGUAUUUUUGUCGAUCGGAUUACGGUAAUCAGCAGAAAGGGAAUGAUAAGAUAAGUGAAGUUUUUUUUCGAUGUUUUUCUCGCUGAUUUAAUUUUGCCUGCAUUCGUUCGUUCUUUGCUAAUCAAAAAUUCAGUUUCGGUAACAAAUUGAACGUGUGAAAGUGCUUUGUACUUGUUUUCGCUUUUAGAAAAUAAGAAAAAAAAACAAGCAAACUUUGAAUUUAUUGAAAUAGGAAGUAGAAAAGAUUAAUUAAAUUUUUUGUGUGUAAAAAUUUGUUACAAAUCGUUUCGUCAAUUUUCCUUUUGUUCAGAAAUGCCUAUCAAAACUCAAACUCCAAGCCAAGCACAAAUUGAUGAGCUGCGCAAUCUUUUCUUAAAGAAAUUAGAAAAUGAUCCGCCAGCAGUACCAUUUCAUCCAGUUGACUUAGAUCGUGUCAAGAAUGCUGAUCUGUGGUGUACACGUUUCUUAGAAAUGUAUGAUUUGGAUAUGCCAACUGCAUUUGAUAAACUUUGGACCACCUGUAUUUGGCGUCAAUCAUAUGGUGCAAAUGAUCUCAGUGAAAAAAAUUUACGCGCUGACUAUCUAAAUGAUGGUGUUAUAUUCUCCAGAAAUAAAGAUAUCGAUGGCAAGCCCUUACUUAUAUUCAAAACAAAAUUGCAUGUUAAGGGUUCAAAGGACAUGGAGGAAGUAAAUCGAGUUGUUGUUUAUUGGAUUGAACGCAUUCAUCGUGAAACGAAUAUGGAAAAAAUUACAGCUGUUUUUGAUAUGGCAGGCACAGGAUUAGGAAACAUGGAUUUAGAUUUUGUUAAACGAAUUAUUGAUACAUUUAAGCAAUAUUAUCCAAAUACUUUAAAUUACAUAUUAAUUUUUGAAAUGGCUUGGGUGUUGAAUGCUGCUUUUAAACUAAUUAAAGGCCUUCUACCAGCAAAAGCAUUGGAAAUUUUGAAAAUGGUUUCAAAAAAAGAUAUAAACACUUACAUUGACAAAAAUAAUUGUCUGACCAGUUGGGGUGGCACUGAUGAUUACGAAUUUAGUUUCGUGCCAGAAAAGAUUGCAAACAAACCAAUUGUGCCAACAACACUAUUAACACCACCACCAACACCUAUUCCAACAGCUGGUAGGGAGGCUAAUGGCAAUGUACCUGCAUAUGGUAUUCAACUAAACCAGGAUAAGAAGCAUAGAUUUUCAAUUUGGAACCCGUGCAUGUAGUACUGGACUUUUGCUUUUUUUAUAUACUGAUAACCUCAAGAUUACAAGAUUUUUAAAAAAUAUAUUGAA